AUUUCAUGGGCAUUGGUGUUUUGCCUGCCUGUAUUUCUGUAUAAGGAUGUAAGGCCCCUAAUGUUAUAGUCGGUUGUGAGCUGCCAUGUGGGUGCUGGGAAUUGAACCGAGAUCCUCUCGAAGAGCAUCAAGUACUCCUAACUACCACUAAACCAUCUCUCCAGCCCCAGCUGCUCACUGUUGAAAUCCACCUGAAUAUGCUGGAUCACCUGCCACUCAGCAUUUGAACUGUGGCCUGAGCAAGUUGAAGUGUGCUUGUGAUAAGUAAGAUGCACAUAUGCCUGAGUUUAGAGACUUGAUGUUCUUUCCAAGUAGAUUAAGUAAAAUGGAGAGUAUCUCAAAAAUUUUAAUAUUGAUUCCAUAUUGCAGUAAUAAUGUUUGUACUCUAUUAGUUGAAUAUAAGAUAUGAGAGGCCACUCUUGUCUAUUUCACCGUAUACUCUUCAAAUGUAGCUACUAGAAGGUUGAAAACCAUCGUACAUGAAAAUGCUAAGGUAUUUGUGUUGACAGCUCUGCGUUGGGAUCCUCUUAAAGACUGGUCACCAAGGGCUUGUGUUUACUUAGUAAACUGGAGAUCUCACCAAGGUUAGUUAGGCUUAGCUGUUUAGAGCGUAUGACUGUCCCGAGGGCUCCAACACCACUCAGAUAUGUAUUAAGUUGAUGGAGAAUUCUGAAGUCCCUCUUUCUUUGGUUCCAUCCAUUAUGCCUCUUAACACACGCACUUGCUUAGGAUGGGGGUUAUCUCCCCAAUUCUGAGCUACAGCUUCGCAUCGCUGUUUCGAAUCCUCGGAUGUGAGGGAGACGCUGAAAUUGAAAUAGGACUUCUAGUUAGCAGAAGACUUUGGGGCUGUUUAUUUUUCCUCUCCGUUUGUAUUUAUGCGAAGCGUAAAACCUCAAGCCUGACGCACAACUGAAAGAUGGGCUUACUUGUUUUCUUUUGUGUGAGAAUCGCCCGCUCGCCUUUUGUCGUUAGUGUGGGCUCUUGUCUGACUGGCACGGCUUAUUGGGCUGUAACAAGCGUAACUCUGCCUCUUUUGUCGCGGGACAAUUCUCCCACAAAUCCCAACAGUGCGUAUUCUUCCAACACGCUAUUGGGUGUGCACUGGAAUUGAAAGAAUUGCUGAGCCCUGCUACUUCACCUCCUCCCCAGUCUCUUUGUAAUUCUCCCCCCUUCUUUUCCUCACGCCCCCCUCCCCAGUCCCCUCCACCUCGAUGAAAUGAACACUUUACCAGGCCGGAAACAUUUAAUCGUCUCCUUUUGAAAAAAUUAAUUGAAACUUCUCCACUAGUUACCUUUUGUGUUAGUACUUAAUGCAAUUUUUUAAGAAAGAAGAGGAUGGGGAUGGGGGAGGGGCUAGCAUAUUUAAUUUUUAAAUGCCCCUAUUGACUAUAAAGCAAAAGGCAUUGGAGAUUUUUGUUCAUUAAGAACAGGGGAUAUCUUGUAAAAGAUUUAUCUAGUUGUAAACUUUACGAAUUUUGCAGUUGUAACGACUAUCCCAGAGAAUAGUUCAAGUAGCCUUGUAAGUUUUCUUUUUUUUCCCUCCUUCCUUCCUUUCUUUUUUUUUUCCUUCUUUUUUAAUGAGAAAAGAAAAUCAGUAGCUAAGUACUCAACACCCAAGCCACCAAUAUUUCACUACUCAUUUUCAAGUUUAAUUGUAACAUAAAUUACGUUUUAUUUUUCACGGCGUCUGAUACCAUACAGGUUGCCCCUGAGCUUUCUCUCAGCCCUCUCGUCACCCUGGCUGUUGUGUGGUGGGUUAUUCUGUUCCCUGAAAGUUACUGAGAGGUGACGGUGACGCCGGCUAAGAGGGAGGGGCGGAGAGCCACGGGAAUCAUUCUUCAUUACUGAAAGCUGUGAUUUAUUUUAGCCUAAUUGUAAAGUUACUGCAAAUCACUCAAAAGCUUUUUAAAGAUCCCAAUGAUUAGGUAUUUUUAGGGGGGGGGGUGCAGGCAGGCAAGGAGGGGCAGGUAAAAAGGGAAAUAACACCUCUAAUCCUGCUUCUGGUAAAUAGGCUGCCAGCUUUUAAAAUGAGUUUCCUUUCUAUUAGUGAGAAUAUUAUGCUAAGCCUUAAGCAUUAGUUUUUUUAUGUUGCCAUAGCAGCCCUAUUCCUGCAGGGUUGACCUGUGAUGAUUACAGUACAAAGCUUAUAGGGUCUUGAAACCCCCUUUGAAGAUGAAAAGUCUUUGAUGGUUUAUAUUUAUGCAAAUCUCUUAGAUAUGAUUUACCCAACUGAGACUGAAUGGAGAGAUGAUUAAAAUUCCCUUUUCCUUUGAUAUCCAUUAAUGGCUGAAUAUUCCUUAAAUUUAAAUGGAUAGAUAUGUUUUCAACUUUAUUUACAAAAAUAUCUUUAUUAUACCUGUGUUUCUUUCUUUCUUUCUCUCUUUCUUUUUUAAUCUUCCCACAUCUUAUUAGAUCUAGAUAGACAUAAUAGAUUUACAAUUUAGAUUGCGGGGCUCCCUCCCCCUGUUUUUGAACCGGGGGUGUGGAGGAUCUGCAAGCGCUUUUGUAUGUUUCCAGAUGAUAGAUUUUGGAAUUUGGGCUACCCCACUGGCAGCACAGAGCUAGCUGUGAACUGGUCUCAUGGAAAAAAUUGGCAAGCUUUGGUCUUCAAAGAAUUAAACUUCCUUUUUAAGGUCUUCCUAGUUUUCAGACAAAUUUUCACUCCACUUAAAAGGCCGAAAACUUGAACAACCAAUGAAUUUAAUCCCCUUUGUGGAGACUGCAAUGGGUUUGCUCAAUUUUAAGGCAGUGUGUGAAGAAACACUAAAGACUGGACCUCAAGUGGGUCUUUGCCUAGAUGCAGUCGUUUUUGGAGGAGAAGAUUUUCGAGCCAGCAUAGGUGCAACAAGCAACAAAGACACCCAAGACAUCCUCUAUGCCCGGCAGAAGGUUGUUGUCACGGCAAAAGCCUUUGGCCUACAAGCCAUAGAUCUUGUGUACAUUGACUUCCGAGAUGAAGACGGACUUCUCAGACAGUCAAGGGAAGCAGCCGCCAUGGGCUUCACUGGUAAACAGGUGAUCCACCCUAACCAGAUCGCAGUGGUACAGGAACAGUUUACUCCAACCCCAGAAAAAAUUCAGUGGGCUGAAGAGCUGAUUGCUGCCUUCAAAGAACACCAGCAGCUGGGAAAGGGAGCCUUUACUUUCCGAGGAAGUAUGAUCGACAUGCCAUUACUGAAGCAGGCCCAGAACAUUGUUACGCUUGCCACAUCCAUCAAGGAAAAAUGAUCUGUUAAAUGAAGCCCUCCUCAGGCGGGCUGAAUGGAUACUGUGGGCUUCUUAAAGACAAACCGCAGUACCCAGGGCAGCUUGCUAGCAUGCUGGAUCAGGACCUCAUUUCACGUUAGUCACAACGCCCCCUCCCCUUGUAUCUUACUGACCCGCUAUGCUAAAAAUAAACUUUCUUCCUCUGGAGUCUAA